AAUAAUAAUAUUAAAAUUGCAGCAACAUGCAACUGCAACUGCUGCUCAGCUUCGCGCUGCUUGCCGCUGGUGUGUCUGCCUUUUAUGUGGCUCAGCAGGAGCCGGAGUCCGGUGACAGUCAGAAUCCCUAUGCGCGCUUUGUGGUCUCCAUACAAACCAAGUUGCCCAGCUCGUACUACUUUGGCGGCAACCAUCGCUGUGUGGGGACCAUUGUGGCGCCCAUCUUUGUGCUCACCUCCACGCUCUGCCUGCUCGCCAACAAGAAUCACACUCGCAGUCGCCAGCUCUUGCUGCCGCAUGAGCUGCUGAUCAUUGCCGGCGCACCCAAUCGCCAGCGGCCCACGCAGGACACACGCAUCCUGCACGUGCAGUCCAUACACACCUACUCUAGACAUGACAUGGCGCUGCUGCGUCUGCAGGAUCUGCACAUGGUAGAACCAAAUGUUACCCAAGCGCUGGCCAUAGCGCCGCUGCCCACGCAUCCUGCCUAUGUGCACUCGGCUCAUUGCUUUCUGUUGGCUUGGGGAAAGCCGCGAGAGCAGUGGCAAAAGCAACAGUUGACGCCGCUGCCGUUUCGCUUGCUGUCGGCGAGGGCCUGCGAGGAUUUGAAUCCGCAAGGGUUUCGGCGUGGAGUGUUCUGCGCGCAGGUGGUGCCUGAGGAGCCGCUGGAUGUGUCUGGGGACAGUUUGGCCGCACCUCUCUUCUGCGGCAACAAGCUAGCCGGCAUUGUUCACCGUACUGUACUCUGCGAUCAUCGUUAUACUUCGCUUUUUUACUCAAUCUACGCGCACCGCUUCUGGAUAAGAGCAACCUUUAACAGCUGCUGCCGCUAGUAACUACGAUGUGUCUGUUGGCCAUUUAAAUAUAAAUAUAUCAUUUUCUGCAAUAUGCUCAUUAACUUAACCAUGCUCAGGGAAAAUUUGGGGUUCUUUAGUCACCU